GUUCUGGAUGCAGCCAGCCCCCGACGCACCCCAUUGGGCCCACUACGCAUGAGAACAAAGAGCUCAGAAGACACGUAGAUGGUGAUGGUCUGCUCUCCGCAUCACUGCCGUUACGUAGUUCGGAAAGUUCAUCACAUGCGUUAUACGAAGCGUGCGGUGCGCCCCGACAGUCAUCGCCUGGAUCGUUCAGGAAGGCUGGGCCCCAUUGUCCAACGUAAGUGCCAGAGUAUGCACACGGACCCUUGGCCGCUUGGAGCCGGAAUCUGUCAAGAAACCGUUCGAGACGCUCUGCAGUCAGAUGGGCGCGAACGGGCGCACACGGGGCCAACGCCAGGGCGUCAGGGGUAUUGCAGCCCGGGGAAGCCAACAACAAGCAUGGUCCGUGUGCGUACACCUCGCCGGCCUCCCUUGUUCGGCGACGGGACACUUUGCGUUGGACAGCUCGUUUCCAUGGAGUCCUACUGCUGGAAGAAGGGUGCUAGUAUCCGGGAAUCCCGCACGAAGCGGACUCUCCCACCGACGUCAGUGGCCCGACAUUGCAGCCAGCGCGUCACCAUGCCACCACCACAUGGCCGCUGGGUGGGAGGUGUGCGGCUGCGGCAAGGCGGCCAAUAGAGAAGACGAGCAAUGGAAUGGGUGCGGCACGCGCAGCGAGAGGACCACAUUCGUUUGGCUCCGUCCGAGACGCAUCGGACCCUCCGAGCUGGCCGGGACGUGGGGUUUCCGGAAGAGCCCCUGACGUGGCAUCGGGCGGACCGAGUGCAACGAAGCUUCAGGAACGGGAGUGUUUGGGCGUGCUAUGCAACAUCAUUGCAGCCCCAGCUCCACGGGCCUCGAUGGACAGAGUUCAGAGUGCCGCGCUGCCGUCGCUUGGCUCGGGGUCGGCGCUGGGUAGAACAGUAAUGAGUGUGAAACACACGCAAUGUGCAGCUCAUCGGCGUCGCGAAGCCAUAGCGGGCCCUCACAUGAGCUGUGGCUGAACAGAAUCCGAUGCGGGGCGGCACGAGGCGAUGGGCCACGGCUCUAUCUUCCCCCAUUGAAGCAACUGGAGAGUAUCCGGGCGGGGAAAGGCCGCCAGCGUCGCGCGCUGGGUGUGAUCUGGCUCGAAGGGCGCGUGGCGCGGGAUACUUUGUGUGGUGAGAAGCCGGGUGCGAAAGGCCGCUGGGUUGAAGUCGGUGCUGUUUGGGCAGCUGCGGG